UAGCCAACUAUCCAUCUCUAUCGAUUAACUUCUCAGUUUGGACCACAAAUAUUUACAUUAUUAUUUUGUAUUAGAAAAUUAGGAAUUUGUAAUUUAAAGCGUUGAAAACUAGGCUGAAAUCAAGAUGAGUGCCGCCGCCGCCGCGUCUGGGAUUCAGAGCACAGCGGGCGCCAUUCCCAUGCGCAAUGAGAAGGGUGAAUUGUCCAUGCAGAAGGUGAAGGUGCAGCGCUACAUAUCCGGCAAGCGGCCCGACUACGCCCAGGCGGACUCCAGUUCGGAGGAGAGCGACGAGGAUGACUUCAUUGACACCAGGAAGCGGCUGGAGCGCCACAAGGCGGAGCGGCACAAACUGGAGCUCUCCCGCCGCGCGGGCAGCGCCGAGGGGGAGGAGCGGGCGGCGGGCGAUAAUGCCGAGGAGGACGAGGCCGAGGUGGACGAUCCCCGGCUGCGCAGAUUGCGCCAGCGACCCGUGGACAUGGAGGACAUGGAACGCGAGCGACGCGAACGCCACCGACACAUCCACGAGCCGGAGAUCAUGGAGAGCGACAGCGAGGACGAGGAGGAGGAGGAGCCGCCGCAGCGAGCCAUUGAGCGCGGCACCAACAAGAUCACACUGGCCUCCGAAUCGGACACGGAUGCGGAGCUCAGCGACGCGGAGCUGGAGAGCCGGCGCACCAAGCUACGUUCCCGGAUGCUGCAGCAGCAGCGCGAGGAGGAGGUGCUGCAGAAGGAGGACGAGAAGCAGUCAGAGUCCUCCGAAUCCGAGAGCUCCGAGUACGAGGAGGAGACGGAGAGCGAGGAGGACAACGAGCCGCGCCUGAAACCGCUCUUUGUGCGCAAACGAGAUAGGGCCACCAUCCAGGAGAAGGAGCGCGAGGCCCAGAAGCAGAAGCAGCUGGAGGCGGAGGCCAAGCGGGCGGCCAAGGAGCGGCGCAGGGCCACGCUGCGAAUGGUCGAGGAGAGCGUGAAGAAGGAUCUGGAGAAGACCAAGCCGGAGAGCAACGAGGCGUGCAUCGAGGAUGUGUGCACGGAUGACGAGAACGACGAGGUGGAGUACGAGGCCUGGAAGCUGCGCGAGCUCAAGCGGAUGAAGCGGGAUCGCGAGGAGCGAGAUAACACUGAACGCGAAAAGCUGGACAUCGAUCGCAUGCGCAACAUGACCGAGGAGGAGCGGCGCCAGGAGCUGCGCCAGAACCCCAAAACGGUGACCAACAAGGCCACCAAGGGCAAGUACAAGUUCCUGCAGAAGUACUACCAUCGCGGCGCCUUCUACCUGGACGAGGAGAACGAUGUGCUGAAGCGAGACUUUGCCCAGGCCACGCUGGAGGAUCACUUCGACAAGACCAUCCUGCCCAAGGUGAUGCAGGUGAAGAAUUUCGGCCGCUGCGGCCGCACCAAGUACACGCAUUUAGUCGAUCAGGACACCACCAAGUUCGAUUCGCCCUGGUACGCCGAAUCCUCGAGCAACAUCAAGUUCCACAACGAACGCGCCGGCGGCAUGAGGCAGCAGUUUGACAAGCCCACGGGUUCGAAGCGCAAGAAGAUGGAGUAGUUGUAAGCAGUGUGAUGUAUUUGACAGGUCGUU